AUGGCGUGCGUGCUCGGGACCUUGGCGCUGAGUGUUCUGCUGCUUCUGUGCGUGUUUCUGUAUUCGGAGCGCGUGCUGGCGUCUGCCUGGGGUCUGCGGCCCAGCCCCGGCUCGGUCCCUGCCACUUGUCCGAAGCGGGCCCGUGUGUGCGCGCCCGCGGGCCGUCCUGUGUCCCGAACGUGUGCCCACCGUGCGCGGGGAACAUGGCAGAGAUUUUUCUUUUUUUUUUUCCUCCCCGAGUGGGCUGAUGUGAGAAACCUACUGUGUGCCAGGCUGGUAGGAGGGGGUUUGGCUCCCUCCGGGGAGGCUGUGGACUGCUGGGAGAAGACAGGCUUUGCCUUGGCCUCUGGGGCCUCGUGGGGUGAAUGGUGUAACCUUUCUUGUGACUCAGGAGCUGAAUGCUUCCCGGCCUGCCACCCCCAAAAUGGAUUCUGCGAGGAUGACAAUGUUUGCAGGUGCCAGCCUGGCUGGCAGGGUCCCCUGUGUGAUCAAUGCAUGACCUUUCCUGGCUGUGUUAACGGACUCUGCGUGGAACCCUGGCAGUGCAUUUGUGACCACGGCUGGGACGGGAACCUCUGCGACAUAGAUGUCCAGGCUUGCGCCUCGACCCCCUGCGCCAACAAUGGGACCUGCGUGAACCUCGAUUCCGGCCACUAUGAAUGCUCCUGCGUCCCUGGGUUCUCGGGAAAGGACUGUCAGAAGAAGGAUGGGCCCUGCGUGAUCAAUGGUUCCCCCUGUCAGCACGGAGGCACCUGCGUGGAUGAUGAGGGCCGGGCCUCCCAUGCCUCCUGCCUGUGCCCCCCUGGCUUCUCAGGCAAUUUCUGCGAGAUCGUGGCCAACAGCUGCACCCCGAACCCGUGCGAGAACCAAGGCAUCUGCACCGACAUUGGGGGCGACUUCCGCUGCCGAUGCCCCGCCGGCUUCGUGGACAAGACCUGCAGCCGCCCCGUGAGCAACUGCGCCUCCGACCCGUGCCUCAACGGGGGCACCUGCCUGCAGCACACCCAGGUGAGGUACGAGUGUCUGUGCAAGCCCGAGUUCACGGGCCCCCUCUGUGGCCGGAAGCGCGCCCCGAGCCCCCAGCAGGUCACCCGUCUGCCCAGCGGGUACGGGCUGACCUACCGCCUGACCCCCGGGGUGCACGAGUUGCCAGUGCCCCAGCCCGAGCACCGCAUCCUGAAGGUGUCCAUGAAGGAGCUCAACAAGAGCACUCCCCUCCUCUCCGAGGGCCAGGCCAUCUGCUUCACCAUCCUGGGCGUGCUGACCAGUCUGGUGGUGCUGGGCACCAUGGGCAUCGUCUUCCUCAACAAGUGCGAGGCCUGGGUGUCCAACCUACGCUACAGCCGCAUGUUGCGUCAGAAGAAGAACCUGCUGCUGCAUUACAACAGCGGGGAGGACCUGGCGGUCAACAUCAUCUUCCCCGAGAAGAUCGACAUGGCCACCUUCAGCAAGGAGGCCAGCGAAGACGACAUCUAAGCGGCGCCCCUGCCGGCCCCUCUCUGUUCUCGGGGUCCCGCAGAGCUCACUACGUGCGGUCUGUUCUCCUCUUUGUGGUGGAAUUUGCUCUAUUUUGUGUCGAAUCUGGUGAACCCUAUGCUUACCUCUAUUACCUUUGUGUUGCUCUGUGACAAAGUGCCCGAAGCAUCCUCUUGCUCUCUCUUAAUGCAUGAUCGAAGAAUAAUAAUAAGAAUUUCAUCUUUAAACAA